AUGUCAUUCAUCAUCAGAAGACAAUUAUCUACUAUCAUUCCACCUAAAAUAGCUUCUGCUAAAAACUUAGGAGGUGGAUCAGCCGCUAAAAGAAUGUCAGAAGUUGUAAAAUUUUAUAAAAAAUUACCACAAGGUCAAGCUCCAGCUGCUACAAAAUCUUCAAAUCCUUUAGUUAAAUAUAGACAAAAAUAUUUUGAUGGUGAUAAUGCAAGUGGUAAACCUUUACUUCAUUUAGCUAUUAUUGUUAUUAUUUUUGGUUAUAGUUUAGAAUAUGAACAUUUAAAACAUGCUCAAGAACAUUAA